GCUACCGCGAAGCCAGCGCGAAAUGAUUUGGAGCGUUUUAAUGCGGCAACCGCGACUUCUCCAGCGUCCUUCGAGAUGGCGUGCAGCUAGCUAGCUGAACGGACGCGUCCCCGCAUCGUCUCCCGUCACACCUCGGUGCCGCAAAGACAAAAUGACCCAACUGAGUGUCCGUCGCUGGACACCCAAGCAUGUGGCCAAGUGGCUGAAGGAGGAGGGAUUCUGUGACUACGUGGACCUGCUGUGCAACAAGCACCGACUGGACGGCACCAGCCUGCUCGCCCUCAGCGAGUACGACCUCCGCUCGCCACCUCUGGAGCUCAAGGUGCUUGGAGACAUCAAGCGGCUGAUGGUCUCCAUCCGCAAACUACAGAAACAGAACAUGGACGUGAUGGAGGAGCUGGGCCUUCCCUUCGAUGGUCACUCUCCCACAGGCUCUGGAGGCAGUGUGGACUGGCUGUGUAACGGAGACCCAGGUAGAGACUGUGACAGCACUGACACUGCACCAGUGGGGGAGGAGUACCACCAGUAUACCAAUGGGAAGUACAAGCAGCAGACGAGGCGGCUGGACCCGGAGUACUGGAAGACGGUGCUUAGCUCAGUUUAUGUGGUGUUUGUGUUCGGCUUCACGUCCUUUGUCAUGGUCAUUGUGCAUGAGAGGGUACCCGACAUGCGCACAUACCCUCCACUGCCAGAUAUUUUCCUAGACAGUGUGCCUAGAAUACCAUGGGCCUUUGCCAUGGCUGAGGCAUGUGGUGUGAUCCUCUGCAACAUCUGGCUGCUUGUUCUGCUGCUUCAUAAGCACAGAUCCAUCCUCCUGCGGCGCAUGUGCAGCCUCAUGGGAACAGUUUUCAUGCUGCGCUGUAUCACUAUGUUCGUCACCUCCCUGUCUGUGCCAGGACAGCACCUGCAAUGCUCAGGAAAGAUGUACGGUGACAUGUGGGCCAAACUCCAGCGGGCCGUGGCCAUCUGGAGUGGUUUUGGGAUGACCCUGACUGGAGUGCAUACAUGUGGUGACUACAUGUUCAGUGGCCACACAGUGGUCCUCACCAUGCUCAACUUCUUUGUCACAGAGUACACUCCCCGAAGCUGGAACUUUAUUCACACCUUGUCGUGGGUCCUUAAUCUCUUUGGCAUCUUUUUCAUUCUGGCUGCACACGAACACUACUCCAUUGACGUCUUCAUAGCCUUCUACAUCACUACCAGACUAUUCCUGUACUACCACACUCUAGCCAACACGCGGGCUUACCAGCAGAGUCGAAGAGCUCGCAUCUGGUUCCCAAUGUUCUCCUUCUUCGAGUGUAACGUCAACGGGCCGGUACCCAACGAAUACUGCUGGCCCUUCUCUAGGCCUACUAUGAUGAGAAGGCUGAUUGGGUAAGGUGCAGGAGGUGGUUCUGUCAUACACUCCGUAGCCCAUGCUGUUUCACCUGCUUUGUCAAGUUGCCAACUACGACUGUGUGCGAUAUCCUUAUUAACAAAGAACACUCAGACUGAUGAUCCUGUCAGCACCAAGAUGGGAUGGGAUACACAGAGCCACACCUUCUUUUAUUUUGGAACUUUAGUUCCAGCCUACUUUCCUAUUGUUGUUGUUCUCUGGAUUAGAUGAGGGCCCCCUAACUGUGCAGAGGUUGUAAAAGUCCCUCUGAGCAUGCGUUACUUGGUUUCAAAACAGAAGAUGAUGAAUGUGUGUCUCGUUAAUUUCUUUGUUUCUCUAAUUGGCUGGAUAAUUUAUUUUAACAUAAACAGAAAUUUUUCAUUACCCCGUCAUAAAAAAACACGAUAGCACACAAUAAAAGGAAGCCACAUGAAGAAAGGUCUAAGGUAGUAUUCGACCUAUUCCAUCAUAGGUGUUUACCAUUUCCUGUGCAGUUUAAAUAUCUGUUGUUUUAAAGUUUAAGUUUUUCUUCCUGACUUAAUGUUUUGUCUUACCACUAACUGUGGACCACUGUUAAAGCAAUAAGUAGGGAGCUAUGUUACGCUAAUGCUUUUUUCUGUGUAUAAAGUUCAUCAUGUUGAGAAGUA